AUGGCCAUUAAGUUAUAUGAGUUAAGAGGAAAGAAUCCUGAUUUAAUUUGGUCAUGUAACCCAUGGAAAACCAGGAUGUGCCUCAAUUUGAAAGGUAUAGAAUUUGAAUCUAUUCCUUUAACUUAUUUGGAAAUACAUAGCGUUCUUCCAGAAGUAUUGCAUAAAACAGAAGGAUGCACGGUUCCAGUAUUAGUCGAUAAUGAAAUGGUUAUACAAGAUUCCUUCAAGAUUGCUCAGUAUUUAGACGAACAUCAUCCUGGUCCAUCAAUUUUUUAUGGUGGCCUGGCAUUGCAAGAGUUUGCUUAUAAUUGGAUGGAAACGGCAAUUCUUUUCCCACUAUUCAAAUUAACUAUUUUAGAUAUUGCUGAUAAACUAGACGAAGGAAGUAAAGAAUUUUUCUUGACAGCUAGAACCCAAAUGUUUGGUAAUCUCAAGCAAUUAACUGCAGUCAAUAGAGAUGAGAAUAUCAAUUAUAUUCAAACCAACUUGGAUUAUCUUUUAGAAAACUUAAAGACCCAUAAAUUUAUUUCGGGAGAGGAAAUUGGUUUGGCUGACAUUUCGCUAGCUUCGUUUCUACAUAUGACGUUUUUAAUGAAUGAAGAUGUUUUCAAUGUUGUCACUGAAAGUGCCAAUCGUGCUACGUUCACCAGGUGGUGGAAAGAUAUGAAAACACUAAUCAGGUAA